AUGGGAGGAACUCGCAAGAAGUGGGUGGACUCAUGGGAGUCGCACCUUCCUGAACCUUUGCGCGAUUCUCCCGACAAAAAGCCAGCAUCCGACCACCAGUCAACCCUUGAAACCACGCACAUCCCACAACCCCCAAGCGACACCCCCCUGACCAAAGAAAACACAACUCCAUCAGAUGCUACGGCAACGAAAGUCAGUAAACAAUCGCUUCGAGGCACAGCUGCCCAUUCGCAGGCUGUGGACAAAGAGCCCGAUCAACAGCAAUGCACGGCGGACAACACGCCAUCACACAUGCAUUCAACCCUGAUGGGAAGUCAGAAAGCAAUUAAUGCAAAUGAGCGAUCAUCGACAGUACCCAAGAAGGAAGGCAUUAUUGAAGCUACCCCGAUGGCCAAAACGCGACCAGUCAUGACACCCUCGCACUCCGUCGCCAAUAGCUUCAUAAGUCCUCACUACUCGCCCGUUUCGGUGAAGGACGUGCGUGGGCAAGAACCGAAAAACGCUAUUGAUAUGCAUAAUUGGAACGAGACCAGGCGUCCACGACAGCGACGAGACUGGGACAGUGAUUCAAUAUGCAGCAGCGUCUGGACCGAACUGAAUGACAAAGUCACAUUUACAGACGCUGGUACCACACUCCACGAGCAUACCACGGCAUGGCUCAGUAGGGUACCUCUAGUCGAAAAGAAUCUCCUACCUGUCACAAACGAUUCCGUUUGCGAAAAUCAGGUCAUUGAUGCCAACACUGGCGAGCUCAUGGAGCCGAUCGAAGCUCCAUACACUAAGACACGUCGCGAAAUUGAUCGCAGUAGAAGAAAUUUGCAUGACAAGCUAUGCAUUCAGACUUCGGCUCACUCAAGUGAAGAAAGACUGAGAGACAUACGAAGAAGAGAUGAGGAAAGGCGUGAAAAGGAGAAAAGGAUUGAGCAUGCUCGUCAGGUCAGGGCUCAAGAAGAUGCACAGGCAAAGAAGAAGAACCCGUUCCUUUGCCGAGAACCCGCCCAUAUCCGGCCGGCACAACUUGAUGACAUGGGAGACAUUUGCAGAAUCUACGCUGAAGAAGUCUGCAACGGCUGGAGAGCCCUGGAUCAAGUUCCCCUCGGCAUCGAGUCAUUCCAGGAGCAUUUCCGAUUGUGUCGGAAGGACAAUAUCCCGUUCUUGGUGGCCAUGAGUGGGUACCGCAACCCACACAUCCCAGUGACGGAGCAAAAGCAUCGAGUUCUGGGAUUCGCAUUUCUUGACAUUGCCAGUCGUGGCUUGUUCGGCUCCGCGGAGAGCAAUGGCAAACACUCAGGAAGACUGUACUUCAUGGUCGAUUCUCGAGUUCGGUACAACCGCAUUGCAACAGCCCUGCUUGAUAGAAUGCUCAUCAUCACGACAAGAGGUUACCUGGCAAAUGAGUCCUCCUACCAAUGGUUAAAUCCAGACAACGACCCGGCCUACAAUGCAGAGGGCCGUACUCCACGCCAGUGGCGCACACUGCAGCUGGAGAUCUACUUGAAGAACCUUGGUACAGAAGCAGAGACAAAAAAUGGUCAAGAAUAUGGUUGGAUUCGAGACUGGUUGCAAGUCGAGUUCCAAUUUUUCGAGAGCAGCUUCACCAGCAAUUACGGCUUCGCUGACCGCCGUGGUGACACAACUCUAGACCGCCUGGUACUCGAGCGCCGGUGUUCUUGA